AUGGCCCUUCUAGGUUAUGAGUUUGGCAUUCUACCGAAGGCGAAAAACUCGAGGCAGUGGUCACGUCCGCUUGCAGUUCGACCCCAUAAAUUAGGCUCAUGUCUCUUUUAUAGAUAUGAGGCAAUAAUAUGUGCCCUAAAGUAUCUUGAAGCACUUGACUAA